AUGCCGGGCAUUAUUUACCAACCUCUGAACCACAAGCGGAGAGAGAUCCGAUUGCUGAUACUGAAGAGCUCAGUAACAGAUCAACCAGGGGAAAGCUCUAAUGAUCGUGAUCAACCAAUACAAUACAGCUUCCAUAUCACGUCGCUAGCCCUUUACAGCAACAAAUUCGAGAGCGACAUUUUUAACAACAGCGGCAUUGGCACUGCGGCAUGGGGACUCAACGAGCUACAGAAAUUCGUGCGACGGGCCGCAGGGCAGAAACCAGCUGGGUACACCGCGCUGUCGUAUGUUUGGGGCGACCCAGCCUGCGUUUGCGACGUAGAGAUCGAUGGUCAACAGGUGAAAAUCCCCAGAAACCUGUUCGAAGCGCUGACGAGUGUGCGUGUUAAUACGUCUUCACGGGUCCUUUGGGCAGAUGCCCUUUGUAUCAACCAGGAAGAUGAUGUUGAGAAGUCAUGGCAAGUCCAAGAAAUGGCGACCAUCUACCGCCGGGCCCAGAGUGUCAUUUCAUGGCUGGGUGGUGCCACUGGGCAGACUCGAGUCGCCUACAGCGUCUUUCGAGAUCUCCAAGGAAAGGAGGAUUGGUCCAAUAUGUCUUUCCUCAAUGCCUUUCAAAGUCGUGCAACAUCAGGCGCAGCAUUUGAGGAAGAGGUCGCGAGAUUGGUGGAUGACCCUGAGCGGUGGACUGCCAUGCUCGCAAUUCUCGAUCGUCCUUACUGGACACGGAUGUGGAUCUUUCCCGAACUGGCUUGUGCCCGGAAUCGCUUCUUCCUGUGCGGGGAUGAGUUGUUGAAAGACAUUGAUCGGACUGUGCAGCGCUUGAUAGCAUCUCCACAUCUCGUCGGUAAAGCCGCCCUCGACUUGAUGGCUGAAGAGCGGUCUUCGAUGAUCCUCGCGGCGCGCGGUCUCACGUUCCGCAGCCCAGAGGGACUCGCGAUCGAUGAGCGGAAAGCACGCCGCCCGCUUCUGGUCAGAUUGCUGCGCAAUCUCAGCACGCUCGUCGCGUCUGACGAAAGAGACCUGAUCUAUGCGCUGCUCUCGAUCGCUGAUGACAGGGUGGUGUUGGAGAUCAUUCCAGACUAUUCGAAGACUGUUGUCGAUGUGUUCACUCAGGCAGCCAUGGCAUUGCUUAAACAGAACCACUUGGAGGUGUUUCUCGAUGCGGUCAGCAGUGAGGCAUCACAAAGACUCGGCCUUCCGUCGUGGGCUCCAGAUUGGCCGGAGUGGAGGGACCUCAAGCUUAACCACGAUCUCUAUCGAGUGUGCGACUACAAAUUCAAACAGCGCUCGACUAACCUCCAUUUUAACACGAGGCAUGUCACCUUAGACUGCUACAUCGUUGACGAAAUCAUGCUUACGGGUGAGCCAUAUCGUACAAAACCUCCUAUCGCCUCAGCCACUAUGCGGGGUUUCAAGCUCUGCGAGUGGCUCGAGUCAAUUGAGUCAGCAAUCUGGGACCACUCUAGAUACAUCAAAACGCAAGGCGAGAGCUCGACGGGACGCAAACAGGACAUUACUCUCCGACUCCUCUCCGCUGACGCAUUGUUUGAACCUCCCGCCCGAAGGAUUCCCCGCAAUCUGCCCCCAGAGAGCAUCAGCGAUAUCUACCACAAAUUACGAACAGCAGACUCCCUGACAGCGCUGCGCGACUAUAUGGGACAGGCAUCAGUGCAGAAAACUUUCACAAAUGUAGGUAGCUAUUUUUCCGCUGUGCGGCACACACUUUUGAGGAACAAUGGUGCGCGACCGUUUCGAACCGUGGGGGGAUAUUCGUGCCUCUCUGUAGAAGGAGAAUGCAAAUUUGGCGACUCCGUGGUCAUCGUGCCCGGACUCGAUAUCCCACUGAUACUGCGGAAGACGGAACCGGGGCACGUAUCUGAGAGUCCGUACUCUUUGGUAGGUGUGGCGUAUGUUCAUGGGAUUAUGGACGGUGAGUACUUCUCCCAACGGACUCCACGUCCGGAGAGACAGAGAGUUACCUUAUGCUGA